AUCAACCACGAUGCCAAGCGGCGGCUCCACCAUCCUCCUCCUCUCCCUCCUCGUCCUCGCAACCACCAUUCUCGCCUUGGACGACGAUGACACGUGCGUAUUCACGAUUUACAUACGGACGGGCUCGGUAUGGAAGGGAGGGACGGACUCCGUGAUCAGCCUCCGCCUGUACGACGGCUACGGCCGAGCCGCCGUGAUCGACGACGUCGUGUCGUGGGGAGGCCUGAUGGGUCCGUUCCACGACUACUUCGAGAGGGGCAAUCUCGACAUUUUCACGGGUCGUGGCCCGUGCCUGUCCGGCGACGUCUGCGCCAUGAACUUGACCUCCGACGGGACCGGCGACCACCACGGUUGGUACUGUAACUACGUGGAGGUCACGAUGAGUGGGACCCACAAGGUGUGUUCGGGCCGGAAGUUCACUGUGGAUCAGUGGCUGGCUCGCGACACGCCUCCGUACGAGUUGUCGGCGAUACGGAACUAUUGCUCCGACUUCGUGCGGUCGGGUCGACGUUGAGAUUCGGGUCUUGCUCGCUGCUACUCCAUGAUGUGAAGAUAAUGUGUGAUUAUGGUAUUGCUUGUAUUAUUUGGAAAAAAAAAUUUGUUUGUGACAAGUGUUUGGCA